AUGGCUAUUCAAAAUUAUGAGUAUCUCUCUGAUGUUAGUUUGUAUCGACUCUACUGGCCUCUCAAUCGGAUCAAAACCAGUGGCGCGGUGGAGGAUAUUAUGGUGGACAUACACGGGGGUAUGAAGGGAAGGGUUGGCAUAUGCCACCUCAAGGCCCCAACAUGUCGCCGUCUGGAGUGUACAAUGCAAAAUAUUGCUGAUAGUUUUACCAACACCUAUUCUUCUCGGUGUUAUAAAGGUGUAACAGUCAUUGAGUCACACAGAAAACAUGCUGCAGCCACUGCUUCAAGAAAAUUUAAGGUUGAGAUAAUACCAGUUAAGACCAAC